CGCGCCCGGCGCCGCCGCUGCGCCCUCCCGGCUGCGAGUCCGCCCGGCUGCGGAUCACGUGGCGGUUGCCGGAGGCAGAGACUAGAGAGGAGAGGAAAAAAAAAAAAGCGCCUCAUUCCUUCUUCCACCGCCAUACUGUAUUUUAUAGUAACUCUCAUUUUUAUUCCUCCCUUUUACUCCCGCUCGUGGAAGGUUUUCCUGGAGAAUGAAGUGCGGUUUGGUUUCCUUGUCAACGGAAGAUGAAGUGAACAACUGAACAUCUCCCCAGUGCAGGUGUUGCUUGCCAGGUGAGAGAAGAACACUGAAGUGUAAAAUGAUCUCAUUCACCUCUCCAAUCUGAUCAAGAAAUACAGAGAAAGCAGAAGCAGCACUUGGUGUACAGGGUUAAAGCCAAGUAAUCCAACCAUGACCGGCAAAACACAGACCAGCAAUGUCACCAAUAAGAACGACCCAAAAUCCAUCAACUCUAGAGUCUUCAUUGGUAAUCUGAACACAGCCAUUGUCAAAAAAGGUGACAUCGAAGCGAUCUUUGCAAAGUAUGGAAAAAUAGUUGGCUGCUCAGUGCACAAAGGUUACGCAUUUGUACAGUACAUGAGCGAGAGGCAUGCAAGGGCUGCGGUGGCAGGAGAGAAUGCCAGGAUCAUUGCAGGGCAGCCACUAGAUAUCAACAUGGCAGGGGAACCAAAACCAUACAGACCAAAACCUGGCAACAAGCGGCCACUUUCAGCACUUUACAGACUUGAAUCAAAGGAGCCUUUUCUGUCCGUUGGGGGUUAUGUCUUUGAUUAUGAUUACUACAGAGAUGAUUUCUACAAUCGGUUGUUUGACUAUCAUGGCCGUGUCCCUCCCCCACCCCGUGCAGUGAUACCACUGAAGCGUCCUCGUGUGGCUGUGACAACAACUCGCAGAGGCAAAGGGGUUUUCUCCAUGAAAGGAACAUCACGAUCCACCUCAAGUGGGGCUUCUUCCUCAGGAUCCAAAUCACCCACCUGUCUUCCCCUGCCCCUUAUGUGGAGUGAUACUGCCCUUGGAAGCGUCACUGGAAGAGGAAGAGAAAGAUCAGUGAAAUCAGAUGAGUUGCAAACAAUCAAGAAGGAAUUAACCCAAAUCAAAACAAAAAUUGACUCCUUGCUAGGGAGACUGGAAAAGAUUGAAAAGCAGCAAAAAGCUGAAGCAGAAGCUCAAAAGAAACAAAUGGAAGAUAAUGCUGAUUUGAUUCAAGAGGAAUGCAUAUCAGAGAAUGCAGAUAACUCUACAGAAGAGCCUAUUGAAGGAGGGCCAGAUGCAGAUGGGGAUGGAGAAGAGAUGACUGAUGGGAUAGAGGAGGAUUUUGAUGAGGAUGGCAGCAAUGAGCUGUUUCUACAGAUAAAGUGAUGAGAUGCCAUGUGUGAAUCCCCUGAAGGCUGAGAAGAGAAACUCUGACUUCCCAACAGAAAAUUGUGAACCGUGGUUUCUUACUGGCUAGCAAGACCUUUGAUUCAAUUUGUACAAAAAUGCAAUUUACUUAUUAAAAAGGACAUUACUGUUAAAAUAUUAGAAAUUCCAUUUCUUAUAUGUUCUAAGCUGUACAAUUGUCAGAUUUUUAUGGUUUAGAUUGUAAAUGUGUUUUUCUCUGGCUAAUUAUUGGUAUUAUUUUUUUAAUUUUGAUGUCUUAAAGGCCAAUGUACUGUAUCAUAAUAAUAUGAAGGACAUAUUUAACAGGUGUGAGAAACACUGUAUACAAAUGUAUAUUUCUAAAAGCUAUUUUUAUGAUUAGCAUGUUUUACCAUAUUUAGAGUCAGGUGAUAUUGCACUUCUUUGUUUACAGCUUAAUUCAAACAAGAUCAUUAUAAUUAGUGUCACACUUAAAUACAUUGUAUGGUAUUUUCCAUUAUUUUUUAUUAUAUUUUGCAUUUAAAAUAAUCAUGUUUACUAAUAGAGAUAGCUGAUAAAAAGUAAAAAUGACAAAAUAUGAGAGCAAUCCUUGAUAAACUGUAAAUUGGAUCCACUUGUUAAUCCCUUUAAUCAGAUAAGUGCUUUCUGUGAUGCCACUCACUAGGCAGUUUUUACAGCCGUAUCUGCAAAUCUCUAAAGGCAGUUUUUUGUUACCAUAUGAGAAGUUUACAUGGGAGCAAAUUUCCUGUCUAGCCAGGUGCAUUACUUAUAGGCUGUCAAUACCUGACAGACUAAGUUGUCUUACUAAUUGUUUUAUUGGUUGUUUUAUUUUUUGGCAGUAGUCUUUCCACUCUCAAACUCCUAACACCUUUCUAGAAGCCUGAAGUUGGAAUAAUUAAUUAUUACAGAUGUUGUAGGGGUAAUCUCAGCAUAGAGCUUCUCAAUAAAUAUUUCCUUUCAAACAGAAUAGAUGGAUUAUUUCUCUUGCAUUACUGAGAUAUUAAGGGUAUCAUAGCAUGUAUGAUAUGGGUACAAGUAUGGGUACUUCGCUGAGUAGCAACUUGUUCAUCAUCCCAAAGCUAGGCCUCCUCAAUGCUGCAGAUGACAUGAAAUGAUGAAGAGAUAUUUAUUUACAUGAGAUAUACUCCUAUAGAAAGAGACAUGUCUUUAAAGUAAUUGAAGGAGGAAAAAAUAAUUUAAUAGCAACAGCCUUCCAAGAGUGAGAGACAUCUUGGAAGAUGAGAGAUGAGACAUCAUUUACAUAUUUAUGCUAUGUAAAUACCCUUCCCAGUCAAAUGAAGCUCAGACCUCAGUUGUGUGGCAAUCUGAAGCUUAUCAGCCUUGACUGAUGUCUUUGUCAGGGUAUCUGGUGUUUGGUUUCAUCCAACACCACACAGAUGAACCCUAUAUGCUAAAGAAGAGAAGAGAAAGAGAAAGAGAAAGAGAAAGAGAAAGAGAAAGAGAAAGAGAAAGAGAAAGAGAAAGAGAAAGAGAAAGAGAAAGAGAAAGAGAAAGAGAAAGAGAAAGAGAAAGAGAAAGAGAAAGAGAAAGAGAAAGAGAAAUACUAUAAUAGAUCAAAUUUUCAAUUUCUAUAAAAAACAGCUGUUUGUGAGAUGCUAGGUUCACUGCCAAAAAGUGGGGUUAUGAGGAGGUGGGAGCUCAAGGACUCUGGUCAGGUUUCCAGCAUGGAAACCAUCAUCACAAGAGUGAUACUCUUCAAAUAUUUGGAAGAAGAGCAUAUAUUUGAAUUAAAUUAUCUAUAGAUGAGUGGGAAUUUACUUCACUAGAUUAUGUAACAUACUACUCUCACUUACAUUUGUGUAUCUUAUCUUUAGCUUGUAUAUUGUCUGUAGAGUUACAUGAGUUUACCAGAGAGCUGAGUAGUAUCUAGCUACUUAAUUAAGGAAAGAAUAAUAUAAGUAGUUACACAUGAACAUUAGCAAUUGCAAACUCAGAAUAUGCCAAAGGUGACAGACCCAGAGAAGUAAAAAGAAAAGAUACUACUUCUGUGUAAGUGGAAUGUUAGGUCAAAUCAAAAAGUGAAAUAUUUCUGCACUUUCUCCACUAUUUCUCUGCAUAGUAUAGGUUAUGAUCAUUGUUAACGGCAAAAAUGCAACAAAAAUAGUCACUUCGGGAUCUUCAUCUUUGGCUGACAGUUAAAAUAAGUCCAAAUCUUAGCAUCUGAAUGGGCAUUUUGCCCAUUUGAGUUAUGUAAACUGCUGGCUGAUUCUGAAAGAUGCAGAAUGUCAUCCAAGAAACAGAUCAGUUUUCAUACUGGUGUUAAUAGUUACAUAUGGGAAACAGUUAGGUGUGUUUACCACCUCCAUUCUAAGUGAUCUAAUAAUCUAUAAAAAACACCCUUAGAUUUUUACAAACAUCUUUCUAAACAUUAUCUUUAGAGUAUAUAUUCACAGAAAUGAUUUCACAGUCUUAAUAUCAACCCUUUUUCACACCACAGCUUAAGUUCAGAAUAUAUUUCAAACACAAAAAGAAACCUUUGAUAGGUGCCAUCAUAAGGCACUGUUUCAUUUGCAACACAGAAGCUUGUUGUGCCAGGCAGUCUAUUCCUAGCAAAGUCUCUUAAUGGCAUGUUUGCUUCAAAUCACCACAAGGGAUGCUGGUAGCUCCAACAAAGCUUGAUAGUUCUAUUCUUGUCAUGUAUGCAGUAUGCUCAGUGUUGUUUGCCAUUAAUACAUGUAUGGUACAUCUUUACAUUGGUUUUGUUAGUUUUGUUUUUUGUUGCUUGGGUUUUUUGUUUGUUUAAUAUUGCUCAUCACUUGCAAUAUGGAAGAAUAGAAACAUAAAGAAUCUUCUCAAGAAGCUUGGCUAGUCAACAGUCAUAUAAAAUGCUUUAUGGGCAGUCCUGAAUUAUAUAAAUUUAUUUUUUACAGAGACCUACAUGCUCUGUGUAUUUCAGAUAUUUGUUUCAAGACUGUGCAGCUGCGUGAAUGGAAAAUAUUUACUAAAAAAGCUUUAAAGUUUGGAUCAAUCGAUAAAAAAUAUUUUUACUUUUGUAAACUCUUAUAUAUUGCUGCUGUUCUUAUUGUUUUUCUCUGUAGAUCCACUUUUUGUUCUGAAAAAAAAUAUGUAAUUAAACUAUGUAGAUAACUACAAUAUUGUAAGCCGUCAUGUUUUUAAUCAAUACCACUGCAAGUCAAAACUAAAGUAUUCAGGGUUUGCCCAUGUAGAGCAGAUUAAUGAGUCAUUACAGUUUUCUUUAAAAUGCUGUAACAUAAUUUUUACAUGUCUGUAAAUAAAUAUUUUCUCUGAUUUAUGCACUAA